CGAAGCUGUGGCCUAAAAUAUGAAAAAGAGGAAGAUCUUAACAACAACCACAGUUUUAAACGUCAAAAUGUUGUUUAUUUGUUCCAUUUUACAGUAGAAUUUUGAUCAACAAACAAGAAAAGAUGAAAAAGAUUACAUUUGGAAAGAUAAGUGCUAAUUUUAGAGAAAAGUCUGAAAAGGCCGAAGCGUCUCAACCGAUCGGUACUUUUGGCCCCCCCAAAGCUAUAGAAGUUUUAGAAGAUGACAAAGAGAGCCAAGAUGUGAAAAAUGUCAUGGGAAUCAUUAGUUUCGGUAAAAAGGCUAAAACAUUUGACAUAGAGGAAAUGAUGGUCCAGGUGAAAGCAACUGCUCGUGAGGUUACCAAACCUCCAGAAGAGAGUAAACCUGUUGGGGAUAGUGAUGACGACAGCGACAGUGAUGAAGACGAUGAUUUAAUUGGACCACCUAUUCCCAAAUUUUUUACAAACAAUGUUAGAAAAGUGGAAAAAGAUGAUGACGAAAGUGACAGUCAAACCGAGGACGAUAGUGAUACAGACAACCAGCAUUUUAUACCUUUAAAGCAUGAAACUAGUAUGCAACAUGGCACAAAAGCCGUUACAGCGAUUACAGUUGAUCCAAGUGGUGCAAGAUUGGCAUCAGGUUCUGUCGAUUAUGACGUUAGUUUUUGGGAUUUCGCCGGAAUGGACUCAAAUUUAAGAAGCUUCCGCACGUUACAGCCAGCAGACAACCACCCAAUCAGAGGUUUGCAUUAUUCUAGCACUGGCGAUUUAGUUCUUGUUAUCUCGGGAGCGAGUCAAGCCAAAAUUAUCGAUAGAGAUGGAUUCGAAAAGUUAGAAACAGUGAAAGGCGAUAUGUACAUAACGGAUAUGGCCAGAACCAAAGGUCACACAGCUGCCCUCCUUGCCGGAAUGUUUAAUCCAACAGUGAAGGAGGAAUUUUUAACUACAAGUUCGGACGGUACGGUCCGUACAUGGGACUUUUACGAUGGAGGGAAGAAUCACAAACAGAUAAUAAAGUGUAGGGCUCAAAACGGGUUAAAAGCGUCCCCGACAGCGGUUACUUAUAAUAGGGAAGGCAAAGUAAUAGCCUGUGGAUGUGCGGAUGGAUCAAUUCAACUAUGGGAUUUCAGAAAAAGUUCUGUAGCGCCGGCAAGUCAAGUGAGAAAAGCUCACCAACCUGUCGAAAUAACGUGCAUUUCAUACUCACACGUCGGUGAUAAUCUUCUAACAAGGAGUUUAGACGAAACUUUAAAGUUAUGGGACGUAAGAAAUUUAAAAAAAUCGGUUCACGAAGUGGGAGACUUAUUUGCCAGAUACGACACAACCGACGCUAUUUUUAGUCCCAACGAUAAAUUGGCCGUUACAGCAAUGUCCCUUAAGAAAGGAGAAAAAAUGGGUUACAUCAACUUUUACGAUGUGAACAAUUUCAAACUGGUGAAAAAACUUCCUGUGACCGAAUCGCAUACAAUAAAAAUUAACUGGCAUACCAGAUUGAAUCAGAUUUUUGUAGGAACUGGCAACGGUCAAAUAAAGUGUUUCUACGAUAGAAAUAGGAGUAUGAGAGGCGUUACCCUAUGUGUAGUGAAGACACAUAGGAAGGCUCAACAUUCCGAAGUGAUGAGUAGUCAGCAAGUGAUAACGCCCCACGCAUUACCAUUGUUUAGGCAAGAACGUAGGAAAACAAGCAGGAAACAAAUGGAGAAAGAUAGGCUAGAUCCGGUGAAAUCUAAGAGACCUGACUUGCCUAUAACGUCUGGACAAGGUGGUAGAGUAGCCUCUAGCGGAGGUACACUGAGCAGCUACGUAAUAAGGAAUUUAGGGUUAAGUAAGCGAGUGGAUGAUGACCAGGAUCCCAGAGAGGCCAUUCUUAAAUAUGCAAAAGAGGCCGAAGAAAAUCCAUAUUGGAUCACGCCAGCCUAUUCGAAAACGCAGCCGAAAAUGGUGUUGGACUCGAAUUCUCCAGAAGAAGAUGAAGGCGAACCAGAGUCGAAAAAGAGUAAACAAGAAUAAUAUAUAUAAUACUAUAUGUAUCAUUUAUUUUAUUGUAUAAAUUAUAUCUGUCCUUGUCAAAAUUAUGUUAUACGUUCCUUAUUCAGAAAUAAAUUUAUUAAAAAUAA